GAUUGAAUUCAAAACCCUGGGUUUAGCAGGCCAAUGCUCAAACCACUGAGCUAUCCCUCCCUCCCACAUUCUUCACCAUCCGGAUGUGCUUCGGGGUCCCCAUCGCAGACUUCUCUUCUAUCCGAGACGAGGAAGAAGUGCUGAUUCCGGUCUAUGAGAAAUUUAGGGUGUGCAGCUUCACCCAGGACAAAUAAGGGUAGUCUCGUAUGGUAUUGCCAUCCUUACUUCUGUGCUGCUGCUGGCGGGGUGCUGCCUUCAGAGCUGGGUGCCCGGCCAACAGCCGCUGCUCUCUGGCUGCCCAGCUCUGAAGGCAGCAGAGAAGUAAGGGUGGCAGUACUGCGACAUCCCUAAAAUAACCAUGUGACCCCCUGCAACUCUCUUUUGGGUCAGGACCCCCAAUCUGAGAAAUACUAGUCUCCCCCGUGAAAUCUGUAUGGCAUAGGGUAAAAGCACAGAUUUCACAGUCUGUGACACGUUUUUCAUGGGCGCGAAGUUGGUAUGGCCCUACUUAUGAGUUUGUUUGGUAAGGGGCUCUCUCUCUCUCUCUCUCUCUCUCUCUCUCCUUGUUUAUACCAGGAAAAUUCAGAAAAAAUGUCCCAUGGUGGCUGGCCCAGCCCAGUUCCACUAGUGCUAGCCAUGCUGGGAGCCCGGCAGCCAUCCACCCCUCGUGUUUGAUAUGCUGUGUUGUUCCAGGUGAAUUGCCAGCCGGUGCUGGACAUGGCCUUCAAUGCUUUUGAUGACCAGUAUAUCGGCUGCACAGAAGUAAUGGAAAAUAUAAUCAAGUCUAAACUGCUGCGGCAAGAGAAGUUAAGGCACAAGGUGUUUAGCAAAAGAUGGGAAGCUGCGAAAAAACAAUGGAAUAAUAAUAAGAAAAACCUCUCUCUGCCUAGAGGGUUUAAGGAUGAGAAUGGAAUAGCAAUCCUGGCCUAUACCAGCGGAGGUGAGAUACCUUUGUACCAGGAGUUCAACAAAGCCGUGAGAGAGGCUGGUAAAUCCCGAGCAUAUUAUCUCAAACAUUUCCCAUUCAAAGCCCUUCAUUUUUACUUGACCAGAGCAUUGCAGCUCCUGAAGAGAGACUGUGCUGAGAUGUACGAGAUGGAGGUGUACAGGGGAGUCCGUUCUCUCCGCUACCAACCCGGUAAGAGAGGUGGCAUGGUCCGGUUUGGGACGUUUGCCUCUUCAUCUUUAGACAGGAACGUAGCUCACAGAUUUGGCUCAGCCACAUUCUUCACCAUCCGGACGUGCUUCGGGGUCCCCAUCGCAGACUUCUCUUAUAUCCGAGACGAGGAAGAAGUGCUGAUUCCAGUCUAUGAGAGAUUUAGGGUGUGCAACUUCACCCAGGACAAGAACAGCAACUUAUUUGUCCUCCACAGCACAAACCGGACCUUCAGCCGUUACAACUGCGUCUACAUAGAAGGAAAGAAAGGGCGAGGGUGGGCCUAGCGCUCUGAAAGAUUUCACGCAGAAUCUGACAUCCGGAGCACUUCGGGCUGGGCGUGCCGAAGCAGAAACCAUGUGAAAUGUUUGCUUUGCUCCUUUUCGGUCCCUUGUGCAGCCCACUUGUGUUCCAAUAUGCUAUUAAACAGCCAGGGCUUGAUGGGUAGUAAACUGACCUUCCCCAGCUUGGGAACUUGCAGCCUGCCAGUGAUUUGUCAACAGAUCACCACUAGAGGGCAUGGGAAACCUUCUGCUGGAUUCCCUUGCUGCAUUUACAGCCAAAGCCUCCUGCUUUGCGGUAUUUACUGUGCGUCCAUCCCAUGUUAUAGUUAACUCUGAACCCCGGCUUUAUGUCAUCUGGGUGGCAGACAUGAGCAGCUGCUGGGAUGGUUUUGCUGAGCUGAUGUUUGAUGCCACUUAUUUAAUAAAUUUGCUAUAAUUA